AUGGAGCAGCAUCAGCAACAGUCUAUAUUGCCAACAACGAGCAAUCUGGCAGUACCUCCAUCAUCGACUGCACCAUCAAGACCAAAGGUCCGAGUCAUCAAGAAGGUGAUCAAAAGGAGGCCUUUAAAGGAUACAACAACAACAUCUACAUCUACUACAACAGAUGUCAACAACAACAAUAACAAAGUUAACAAUAAUAGUGUAAAGAAGAAGAAUGAUGAUGUUCAAGAUGACCCCAACAGAGAUAAGGUUAGAAAGUUGAUAACGGAUAGAGUUAUGAUUGAGAAGAAGACAUUUGAGACACAGGCCACAUUGAUUGAGAAUACAGUGACGGAGGAACAACUCAAGUUGUAUGCUAUAUUCUUGCAACCCAAUCAUUAUGAGGAUAUAGUGAUUGAGCGUGCCAUUCAAAAGAUAUGUGGCUAUCCAACGUGUAACAAGGUGGUCAAAGAGAAACUACCGUUCAAGUACUAUAUAUCAACAAAGGAUCAACGAGUCUAUGAUCAAGAGGAGUUGGCCAACUAUUGCAGCACAGAAUGUUUGACCAACUCCAAGUUGUUCAAGCACAGCAUCGACUCAUCACCAGUCUACUUCAGGAAGAUUGAACAACGACUCUUUAACAUACCAAUCAAUGAAGAUGCACUGGUAAAGGACAUCGAAGCACACUUGAACAUUGUAGAGAACAUUGAUGCAGACAAGGCACCAAUUGAUACCAACUUCCAUCAAACAACAGAAUCAACUAUACCCUAUUCAAGUAAUCAAUCAACAAUCACAUCAUCAUCAUUGAACAUACCCGCGAUAACUGUACAUGACAUAUUCAAGGAAGCAGAGAUGGCUGCAAAGAUAAUGGACAAGUCAACUCAACAACAACAACAAGAUACUGGCGAUGUUAUAAUGCGAGAAAUACAGAAUGAUAGUAGAUCAGACACGGACUUUGGUGAUGCAAAUACAGAGGAGAGUCUUUCAAGAGGUCUACCAUCAGAUGUGGACCUGGACUCAAAUGAUAGUGGCGUGGAGGAUCAGUCGCUGACAGGAUUCCUAGAGCCAAGUGCGUCCAAGCAGCUGCCAAUAUCAAACUAUCACUCUGUCUAUGCUCCACUGAGUGAGUGGCGCACCGAAGUGACAGAGACCUUCCUGAAAUCCCCAACCGACACAUCCACAGACUUUAUCCGUUCCGACCAAGUGCCUCACAUCAAGAUGGCACUCAAUCAAUAUCUAUCACAAUAUUACCCAACAGUGGUCAAGGUACUGGACCUUCAAGAUUAUAUAUCAUCACAUGAGAUGGCAUCACUUGUCCACACAUUCUCAUUGAUCAGACCAAUACCAUCACUGUCUCCCAAUCAUUGGAGAAUGAUCGUUAUGGUAUUUAUAAAGGCACUAUCGCUACGAAGCAUAGAGUUGGAGAAACAGCUGGAGAAACACCAGAAUCACUUUGAGAGACUGCAGAGAGAGUGUGGAUUCGACAAGUACUACCUCAAGGUGUUUGUAGACUUGAUAGUCAAUGGAUACAGUUGA